GCUAAUUAUAAAACAAUAAUUGAAAUCUCAUUUUUGCAAAAUGAACUUAAAUUGUAUUAACAAUCAGAUAAUUUGUAACUAAAUUACUUAACGGUAUGGUUUCGUUAGUACCAGAAUAGUCAGGGUACUUAACGAAAUGUUAUUUUUUGGUAUAUUGUUUUUACUUAACAUAUUUGUUGUCGGAUUCUCAUACCCGCAUCAGAACGACGAAGUAGCCGAAGAUGCACCACCUCUGAUUCCUGAAGAUGCAUCACCUCUGAUUCCUGAAGAAGUAAAAGAUGAGAUAGUUAAAAGAAAGUUGCGAGAACUUAUGAUUAACGGGACUAUAAGUGCAGACUUACCAAGUUUCGUAGGUAACGUUUUGGGAUUAGAUAUGGAAAUGGGAGGAAAAUUAACUCUUGGAGGAAAUAUUAAAAUAGGUGGAAAAUCUAAAUCCAAUAAUGGGAAUCAAGUUCAACCCUACCCACCUCCUAAUAAUAAUAAUGGUAACCGUCCGCCAAAUGGCCAAGUAGUUAUUCCACCAAACACUGUAUGUCAACAAGCCUGGCAGUCUCAAGGAAAAUUAAUUUGUCCUUCCAGUAUUGGACAUGUGCUAAUACCCAUGCCACCGGUUACAAUAUGGCCAAAUCAGCAACCAAUUUACAGUGUUCAAAAUGUAGGUGGUACAAUGGUAUGUCUGUAUACAACUCCGCCUGGAUAUAUGUAUACUGGUGGAACCUGGGUACCCUGCCCCUGCUAGAUAGUGUUUUUAAGUAAUUGAAAUGUUUAAACAAUUUAUCAAUACAAGAUAAAAGUUUUUUAAAUUUUGACCCGUAUUCUCUUAUUGUAAUGAAAAUGACAAACAAUGUAUCUGCUUAAUAAAUUAUAUUGAACACCUCUUA